CUCUCUCUCUCCUCCCUUCCCCAUCUAACAAUAAAGCCAAAGCCCAAACCUUCAGAAAAAAAUUGAAAGACAAGAAGAAGAAGAAGACAGAGAGAGAUGGGUAUUUUGUCUGAUGACGUUGUGAUAAUCAGACAAUCUGAGAAAGAAGGCGACCCAAGUGUAAUCACCAUCAACUGUCCCGACAAAACUGGUCUCGGUUGUGAUCUCUGUCGUAUCAUCCUCUUCUUCGGUCUCAACAUUGUCAGAGGAGAUGUAUCCACUGACGGAAGAUGGUGUUACUUGGUGUUUUGGGUGAUUGGGAAACCGAACACGAGAUGGAAUCUGUUGAAGACGAGACUUGUGGAGGCAAGUCCUUGUUUUGCUUGGGCCUUUGGUAUCUCAAGAUGUUACCUUUCUGACUCUGAGUCUCAGCCUCUUGAUCUUUACUUGUUGAAGCUAGCUUGUUCUGACCGUACAGGGCUUUUAUAUGAUGUCACUGAGGUUCUUUACAAGCUUGAGAUUAACAUUGAGAAAGUGAAGAUUUCGACUACUCCUGAUGGGAAAGUGAUGGACUUGUUCUUUGUCACAGACACUAGAGAGCUUUUAGGAACUAAGAAGAGGAGAGAGGAAGUGUAUGAGUACCUGAAAGAUGCUAUUGGAGAUUCAAUGAUGAGCUAUGACAUUCAACUUGUUGGCUCAGAGAUCACAGCUCGCUCGCCAGCUUCUUCCUCCUUUGCAGAAACAUUGUUCUCCUCGGAUGUGUUGAGAGAGCAUCCAAGUGGGCUACACACUUCAAGCAGUGUGUCAAUUGCAGUUGACAACACGUUAAGCCGAGCUCACACACUCAUUCAAAUCACUUGUCAAGAGCACAAAGGCCUUCUCUAUGAUAUCAUGAGAACCUUCAAGGACUUCAACAUCCAGAUCUCAUAUGGGCGUUUUACGAUCAAACGAGGAAAGAACUGUGAGAUAGACUUGUUCAUUGUGCAAUCUGAUGGUCGGAAGCUUCUUGACUCAAGCAAGCAAGAUGCAUUGGUUUCUCGUUUAAGAGCAGAGCUGCAACAACCUCUGAGAGUGGUAAUGAUGAAUAGAGGUCCUGAUACUGAACUUUUGGUGACAAACCCUGUUGAGUUAUCAGGAAAAGGACGGCCACAAGUCUUCCAUGACAUUGCACUUGCCCUGAAGAAGAUCAACACCUGCAUCUUCUCGGCUGAGAUUGGAAGACACUUGACGGGAGACAGAGAAUGGGAGGUGUACAAAGUGUUGAUCAACGAAGAGGAGAGCUUAACGGUCUCGAGAAGCAAGAUAGAGGAACAAGUGUGGAGUACUUUGAUGGGAUGGGAGUGAAGUUUUAAGAAACUCAGGACCAUUAGCUGACCUCAGACACAUAUUUUAUGAUGGCAAUGAGUGUAAUGUAGAUUAAGGUGUUAUGAGGUAAUUAAUCUGAUAAAACCGGAUUUUCUAUAACGUUGCAAAUGUGUAAAUAUGGUUGGAGUGUGCUUUUAUAUGUUAAUGAGAGAUAGAAUGUGUAAAUUUUGUAAAUGAGAGUGUGGUUCUGUAGAGAGAAGAAGGUAAGGUAAGUCUUUGUACUUGUACUGUUGUGCUGAGAGUUCUUUGUCAUAUAUAUAAAGAGGAAAAUGGUCUUUGAGGAA